AUGCUUCUACAGAGCUCGUAUGAUGGACUUGUAGACAUCGCAGAUGCAGUAGCUGCCGUUCGGUCCAGAGGGCUAUAUGCUGUCAAGCCAUCGAAUCGGGCAAAGAUUAUUGCGUUAUUAGACAGCCGACGGCGAAGUGAAGAGAUCCGCCGCCUGGGAUUAUCUUCAUGGCCGUUUCCAGACGAACCUGCUGAUAUUGAGGAGACAAUUCAACUACUGCAUCUCCAUCGAAUGGCCACUUUUCUCCUCGACGAUUACUCCAGGACAGCAACCCGUCCUGAGUGGAUGGACUUGGAGAGAUGGAAGGAUGAAAUUUUACCCCUGACCCUAUCCAGAACGGAGCAGAGACGCUUCCUUCGAGCAUUCUAUCGGAUGCAGAUUUAUGGCAACAUAUUCGGUCCGAUUGAACUUCCCCUGGGCGCAGACUACCCCGAAGAAGAAAAUGACUGGUUUGAAGGAACUCGCCGGACGCCUACUUUCAUGGAUGAAGAAACGUGGCGUCUAUUCUUCGGACCCAUGGCGCCAUGGGAAGUCGAAGAAUUCAGCUGUUUCUGGCGGCAUUGCUAUCAUCGAUGGGCUGAGCCAUACCGUGAAAUAUCAAAAAGCCUUGUGGCUUAUGGUGUUACCUUUUUCUGCGAUCUUCCUCCCGAAGAGCGGCCUCCUCUGGAUCGCUGUAGUUUGGACCUUGACCAUCUGGAUGUGCACGAAAAUGACCAGAGGGAAAUUUUAGCCUACAUGGUACCAACAUUCCUUGUCAAGAUGCUUCGUCAACAGAAUUUUAGAACUCGCCGCGACUUGCUUCUCGCCAACACGGUCGUUCUUACCCAUUCGUUUGUUGAAUAUUGGCCCAAACCAAGUUGGGAAGAUCCCGGAGCGUUGCCUCUUCUAUACCCUGCCGAUAGGUUCAACUUCGGCGCGGAUUUCAGUGGUCUCAAGUCAUACUUGGAGACGCUGCCUCCGCACGAGCGGCCUAACGUCGCCUGGACGCAGCGGUGGCUCGAAGAGCGGCAGGAUUCUCCUCAACUCUUUGAGGAUAUGUACUCAUAUGCCACGUACUCUCCGCGUUGGGAUUGGGGAUAUGCUGUUUGGGACGGUCAAAGGCUCAUUGAAUGGGGUGCCCUGGAUAAUCCCGAACUCCGGGCACACGUGUACUAG